GUGAGAGACGGGCAUGCAUCGCAUCGAUCGCAUCGAUGGAAUGAAAAUCGGGCGGUGAGUGAGUGAAGGAUGGAUGGAUGGAUGGACAAUGGAUCACCACUCGUCGUCUUCUUCCUCAUCCCCCUUCCCUGGCCGCCUGCACACACACACACACACACACACACACGAACGAACAUGUAGACACAUGCAUCCGCCUUGCGUGCAUUUAUCACCGCCCGUCCGUCCAUCCAUUGAGUGCCUACUUGUCUGUGUCAGUUUGUUGCCGCCUGCCCUGUGUGUACGCCUGGUACUGCGGGCGUCUGUAUCCCUGUUGCCUCAGGUACUCCUCUGCCUCAGGAUCGAUCCCCUCCCGAAUCCAGCUCUCCUUGGCGUCCUCAUACUCGUCCAACGCACGACGAAUGCGCGCUCGCUCACGGCGUCGCGCACUGAACGAACGAAGUGAAUGGUUGUCAGCCGACUAUGUGAUGCAGUCGUCGCUAUGGUGUGGUCGGUCGCCGCGUACCUGGCGGCCUGUUGCCAGAGGCCGAGUACGAGCACCCCCACAGCGCCUGUCGUGAGCCACAGGCCAGUCGCCUUGUCGCCCGCACUCACCACCUCCUCCACCACAUCGUCGGCCACAUCGGACGAUUGCCUGACACACACACAUCCACCCCCAGACAUCCACCAACAGUCAUCCAUGCCAUGCCAUGUGUGUCGCUCGCUAGUCAGUACGCCGGCCGACCUGACCUGCGUCGCAGGAAUGCGAUCAUUGAGAGGAGUUUCCGCGCUGACGGGGUGUGGGGGGCGAUGGUGGCCAGACCUGCCGGUCCGGCAGCUGGCGAUGUGGCUGUCGUGGGAGGCAGUGGGAUGGAUGUGAGGUGCAUGUUGAGCCACCGAUAGACAAACACCGUCAGCCCGAUGAUCAACAGAUGCUUCAGACAUAUCUGCAGGAAGGCCUGCACACACACACACACACACACGCACGAACAGAUACAUACACAUUCCCCUAUGGGGUAUGUCGGCAUGCGCCUCCUCUGUCUGUCAGCGCACCGCAUCCGUGAUUGGCAUGUGGUGCAGUCUUGUCCACUGCCCCUUGGCAGCAUGGAACGUCCUCAUCAGCUGACCAGACACUGCCGAACAGAACUGCCUCACCAACACAGGAUACCAACACGCACCCGCACCUCCUGCACCGACAUCGGCCGCCAGCGCCGUCACAUUGCCCUUCGACGAUGCCGAGGCGGCCUCAAGGGCAGCAACAGCCUCCCUCCGUUGAUAGACCUCAGCAUAGCUCGAGGGGUAGAACCGCUCAGCAGACGAUGUCACAGGGGCCACGGGCGGCUGCCGAGUGUCUGCGUGUGUCUGCGGUGGCGGCACGGCCACGGAUGCGCCGAGGGUCGGUGCGAGGCGAGCACUGGCUGAUGACGGCCUGAUGUGGUGACGCGAAAGGCGGACAGAGGGAACGGUGCUGUGGAAGGUGAAGGCGGCAGCGAGGUGAGCAACAGCAGCCACAUAUACAAGAACCGCCAAGCGGGCGACAAGCAGGGAGGGCGACGACAUGAUAGAUGAGCAGCACACAAACGUGCAGGGCUGACUCCGGAACUUCGGCAUGGAUCACAUAACCAAUGACGCCCGGCGCACUCUCUCGACGAAGCUGACCCCUUCAAACACUUGCAG